AGAUUUAGCUGUUUAUUUGCCUAAAAUUGUAAUCCUUCCCCACUUUUUUCUUUAUAUAAUUGACGCUUUAUAUUACACAUAACAAUGCCACUUUUCGCGUCGAUAGCCACACGGACAAGAUCCGUUAGUAAAAUUAGCAUUAGUAAUUUUGGCAAUUAGUCGUGCGUGUCACACGGGCUGUAAAACCUUCGCAGAGCACAGUGUAACACGAUCGCUUUGUUUGGACAAGGAUUUAGACUUUCGAGGAAGUCCAACUAGCGAAUCACAAGCCUCAAAUCCGUAGAAAAAACUUGGCAACUUGUUUGGAGCUGGAAAGGGAUGAAAACGGGCAAGAAAUAAUACAAAAAAUGAUGUGCUUAAUCAAAGGCUUCGUGUUUUGGUGCUGUGUUUCUUUAGUCAUUUUAGGUAAUAGUUCAGCGAAUGAAUCUGCAAGCAAGACGAAAGCGAAGCAGUGUUCACCGUUCUCUGCAGAACUUGCAAAACUUUGUGGCUAUAAUGCAACUGCAAAAUUCAAGUACAAUGAACAUUAUUCUAUGGCCUCUAGAGCUAUAGACGCAAUUACGAAGCUACUCGUAGGAUGUUCGCCGUAUGCGAAUGAGUUAAUAUGUUCGGUUUAUCUUCCACGGUGCGAGGAAGGGUUCGAUGGGCCAUCUUUACUAUGCCGAAGAGUUUGCGACGAAGUCUUUAACAAAUGCGGAGACCUCAUCGCCAGGCAUGGUCUUGAAUGGAUAAUUGGAAUGUGCCAGCUUUUAUCUUGGCAAGAUAAUCCUGAAGGGAAACACUAUCUAGAAAGGUGCUAUGAACCAAACGGUUUCAAUACUUCCAUUCGCGUCGAAGAUGAGUCCAACAAGCUUCAAUGCCAUCCGCUUGAUAUCCCAAUCUGUCAACAGCUCGGCUACAACAAGACUGUCCUCUCCGUCACUAAGCAACAGGCAUAUAAGAAUUAUGUCACAAAUAAACUUAGGAAAUUCGAGGCUGAAAACAACACUGAUUGCCGCAUUAUGAGAAAGCGGUUUUUCUGCACGGAGAAUUUUCCUGGCUGCGUCAAUAACAGACCUGCGUUCUUCUGCCGAGAUAAAUGCCACGAAUUCUUCCAAAAGAACUGCACGUCGAUAUUCUUCUACGACUCGUCUAUGUGCAUGGAGUUCCCGCAAGGAAAUUCUGAUGUAGACAUCUGUGAGCAGGUGAAUUGGCCAAGGGCAGCAAAUUGGCCUAUUGUCAACAAGGUGCCAGGACCCGGGGUAAAUACUUCAUCAAGCAAGACAGAUAUUACUACAGCAAGCCCAAGCAGCAACUCCCCUGCAAGCCCAAGCAGCAACACCCCUGAUUCCCAAGGACCCCCGGGUGUGUACGGCCGGCGUAAUGAUGCUGACAGCUCGAGUGGUAACGUGACGGCUGGGGUGGUGGGCGGGGUGAUAGCGGGGUUGUGCCUUGUCAUCUUUGCUAUUGGCCUCGCCUACUAUCUACACAAGAGAAAAAAGCGGAGAGAGGGUUUCCCGUACGAUAAGCAGAUCUUGUACUCGGAUGACGGCGUCGAUAUAGAUGACCCAGCAAUCGAGACUUAAAAGGAGGUUUAAAGCCGCGUCCGUAUUGCGUGACGAAGUUCUACUACCGCAAAAAAAUAAAAUAAGCGAAAGACUUCAAUAGGAAAUAAGGAACUGAUCAUCAGGGAGCGGGGAGUCAGAAUUGAGCCCCUUGGCAAACGAUUUACGCUUAAACAGUACACCCCUCCUUCUCACUCACACCAUGUCCCCCCUUUUAUUUGGAACUCACUUUGCCACAUUUAUUCAUUGAGACUACAUUGAACCACCCCCUUUCUUUUAGAAAGUGAUAUUAAUCAGCACCCUCUCAGAGAAGGAUAAAAAUAGACACCACCUCUCGAUUCUGACUUUUCCGAUAAUUACAGUCCGAAAUCGGCUUGAACUGCGGCGAAGUUUUAUCUGGGCUAUUUUUUAUUGCUUAAUGUGAAAUAAAACAUGGGUGAUUGUAUUUUCCAAAUGAUACAAUGCUCUGAUAUUCUAAACAAUGUCACGCAAUUGGAUUUAGUCUUCUAGUAGUAAGUUAAAAGUGUGACAUUUUUAUACAAGCGAAACCGCAUAAAACACAUACACAAAAUAUCUGGUAAAGUCUGUCAUUUCAUAGUUUUUGUUGACCUAGUUUUACUAGAAAACAUAAGCUGGAAACGUCUUUGCUUUGUAAAUUAUCGAUCAACAUUUUCAGGGCGCGACUCUAAUUUAAAAAAAAUGUCAUCAAU